UGGGUGCUGGUGUAGGGCACAAAGACAUCAGUUGGGCUGUGGCUGUGCCUUUUGCCUCACCAUUUAGGCUGUUGAUAUGGGGGCAAGGCUCCUUCAGCUUUAUUCUCAGCUUCAGGGUCCAUCAGGCUCCUGCCAGUCACAGGGAGCUCCCGGGCAGCAGCUGAGCAGGGCCCGGUGCCAGGGGAUGGCAGCCUGGAGCCAUCGAGGGGACCCUGCUGUGGGCCCUGCUCCACUGCAGACCAGCAGGGAGAUCUCCCUGAAACCUGGGUGCUUCAAAACUGCUGAAACUGCUUGGCCCAUCUCAUUGAGGCCUGGGUGCUUUAAACCUGCUGAAACUGCUUGGCCGCUCUCCCUGAAACCUGGGUGCUGAAACUGCCUGGCCUACCUGUUAGCAGCAAAUCACAGCAGAGGCGUUAAAAUCCAGCCAGGUGGGCCAGCCAGUUUCAUGUGUUCCCCACUGGGACACAACAAAGAAUAGGUGGGAUGAGCCAAAGAACAGCUGGAAAAGUUUGGGUCAUCAAUGCUGGAAGAAAAGACCUUGAGCUGAUGGAAGCAGGCACUGCUCAGGGCACAGGGCCUCACCUGCACUGGGCACUCUGCCCCGAAAGGGAACCACGGACAUGCUUGGGAGUGUGUGGCUGACAAAAGGACAAGGCACAGUGCCAGUGGUCCUGCCACCUGCACUGCACACCCUUUGGAGCAGCCCAGGGAGAGCGACUGCUCUCAGGGUUGUAUUUAUUUGAAAGUUUUGUUUGUACGCCCUUCAUAAAUCAGUGCCCGUGCUAAGAAUCUGGUGAUGACAGAGAAUAAUCUUUCCUUGGACAGGCAUCAUUUUGCAGUGACACGCUAUUCCUGGAGUCAGCCUGCCUGUCAGCUGAGACUUCCAAGUCCAUGAUAACCUUGAUGUGGAAGAGUGACAGGAGAGGCAGGCAGGUUGUGUCUGGUGCCUUCACACACCACAAGUGCUUGUGAAAAGGAACGCCCAAAGAAGCAGCUGAAAACAUCAAAGGAAGGAGAAGAGAAGAUUGAGUGUGACCUUCAUGCAAGCAACUGUGAAGCAUAGAGCAGUGAGAUCAUGGUCCUUCUCAUGAGGCCAGCCUGACCCCUGAAGUGGCACAAUCCUAUGCAGAAACACUAUAGACUUCCAGGAGUUCCAAUGUUCUUCUGCUCAAGAAGUUUUGGCUUUGUUAUGGAUAGCAAAUGCAUGACAGGGAUAUUUAUCAAGCCUCUCUAGCCUGGCAGAUGUGUAAAGCAUAAACUAUAGUCUUAGGUAGACAAAUGAUAUACCAAAAUGCCCACUCAUGAAUAGCAAUCUGCAAAUCACAAAAAUCAUUUAACAAAAGCCUUCAUGACAUGCCAAACAUUUCUCACCAUUAGGGAGAGAAUUGCCUGGGGGAGAGCCAUGUGCCUUGUAAAUACUGAAUUUAUAACAAGGGCUGGGAAUUUUACACUGACUGUUGUGAUUCUAUAUCUGCUCUUCUACAAUGACUGAUGGGAUGGCCUCUUUCCAGAGUUAAUGUUCAUCAUUAUAUUACAUCACAUCAUUUUUUUUUAACUUUGCUUCUCUUUGUCUGUGUUGUUAGCAGGAGAUUAGUUCUCCCUGUGCUCUCUGGCAUGCACCUGCCUUCUCUUCUGGAUGAGCUGCUCACUGGAGGUUAUACAAUACCAUGCUAGGAAAGGGUUCAUUCAUGCCACAUUGUACUCCUGACACUAGCAGGGGAAUCACAUUCUUCCUGCACAUGCCACUUUGUUGGCCUGCAUCAGAAGAGCCCUGGAUGCUCUGCAUAAAACAAAAUCCAAACUUCCUUGUUAUGCAGAUAAUCCACUGUCUACUGGCUGCCAUGUCAUGGGCUUUUCCCAAACUUCCCAAACAAUCCAAGAAGCCAUUGCAUGUGUGGAUUGUUUCCUGGGCAUGUUAACAAGUCUUUUGCCAGGACUGCUCUGUCAGGACUGCCACAUGGACGUCUCAGCUGAGGACAUGAGGGAGCUGCUGCUCUGGCAGGAACUGCAUGAAGCCCAGCACCUUCCUCUGAGCUAAAUGCAAGUCACCAUCAACAGCCCUGUUUCUCUACAGCUUUGAGGAGACUCACACCAGAUUGGCAGGUCAAACUUGGAAAAAAGAUAUAAGAAACAACUGAGGUCCUGUCCUGGAUAUGGAUACUUUCUGAUUAAUUAAAAGAUCAUCAAGAAAAGAAAGAAACAUCUAUUGUUGAUCUGCACUGAUCUACAUAGCAGAAAUCACAGCAUAUCUUAUGAUACUUGCCUUAGCACAAAUUCAUGCACAGGCUUAUUAUUCUUUCUCGGAGAAUCUCCCACUUCUUUUGCAAUUUUAAGUGUAAAGAUUGGUGUAUCUGCACUAAUGUAGGUAUGCUCCUCUUCAAGUAUCAGAAGUGACCUCACGUCUCUCUCUGAGACUUAUCUCAGUAGUUCAGGUACACCCCAGCCUCUUAUUUCUGUGACAAAAUCUUUGUCCCUUAUACUAUCUUGCCCUGUCUAUGACUUCCAGGCACCAGCACUGCCACACUAUCACAGAGAUUGUUCCUCAGCUUUCAGAAUCUUACCAGCACAUCCGCCAAAUGCUUUUUGUAAUACUUACUUCCCCCUUAGUGGCUUGCCUAAUGUAUUCCUCUUAGGCAUUUCUUAAAAGAUUCACACCAUCACAAGGGAAAGAUAAAAGCUGACAUUCCCAUUGUACAGCUGGGGUAGCUGCAGCACACACAUACCAAGCAAUCCAUCUCAGGUCGUGUAGUGAGUCGGUGGGAAAGCCAGCAAUAGAAUCCAUAAGUCCUGAAUCCAAGUUCUUUAAGUGCUUCGACUAGUCCAGAUUCCCUCCUUAACACCCCUGUCACAUUAUUUAUAGGAGAUGUAUUCAUAUAGCCACUAAGACAUCAAAAUUUUCUAAUUAUAUCUAGUCAUGUCAAAUGACAAUUAUGCCCUUAGUUCAGUUUGCCAGACAAUGCUUAGCCAAAGAGGGUUUGCCAAAAUAUUUUUGACCGAAGAAAGAGGAGGCAUCUGUAGCAUCUGCAGGCGAGAUCGUAUAAAAUGUCCCUGCAACACGUCUGCCCUGGCUCCACAGAAAGCUCCAAGCACAAUUUGGGAACUGCCAUUUCUGUUUUACAGCACUGACCAGCUGCCAGCCCACAAGCCACACAUCUGGUGUCAGGAGAGUGUUCACUGCUGACAAGCCCCUCCAUAAAGUGCAGCCAUGUCUUCGGACGCUGAGAUGGCCAUCUUUGGGGAGGCGGCUCCUUACCUCCGAAAGUCAGAGAAGGAGAGAAUUGAGGCCCAGAACAAACCUUUUGAUGCCAAGUCAUCCGUCUUCGUGGUACAUGCAAAGGAAUCCUUUGUGAAAGGGACAAUCACGAGCAGGGAAUCGGGCAAAGUCACUGUCAAGACUGAAGGGGGAGAGACCCUGACCGUGAAGGAUGACCAGAUCUUCUCCAUGAACCCUCCCAAGUAUGACAAAAUCGAGGACAUGGCCAUGAUGACCCACCUGCACGAACCCGCUGUGCUGUACAACCUCAAAGAGCGUUACGCAGCCUGGAUGAUCUACACCUACUCGGGUCUCUUCUGCGUCACUGUCAACCCCUACAAGUGGCUGCCGGUGUACAACCCCGAGGUGGUGUUGGCCUACCGAGGCAAGAAGCGCCAGGAGGCCCCUCCACAUAUCUUCUCCAUCUCUGACAACGCCUAUCAGUUCAUGCUGACUGAUCGGGAGAACCAGUCCAUCCUGAUCACCGGAGAAUCCGGGGCCGGGAAGACUGUGAACACCAAGCGUGUCAUCCAGUACUUUGCAACAAUUGCAGCCAGUGGAGAGAAGAAAAAGGAAGAACAAACAUCAGGCAAAAUGCAGGGAACGCUUGAGGAUCAAAUCAUCAGCGCCAACCCCCUGCUGGAGGCCUUUGGAAACGCCAAGACCGUGAGGAACGACAACUCCUCACGCUUUGGCAAAUUCAUCAGAAUUCAUUUCGGUGCCACAGGAAAACUGGCUUCUGCAGAUAUUGAAACAUAUCUGCUGGAGAAGUCCAGAGUCACUUUCCAGCUCAAGGCGGAAAGGAGCUACCACAUCUUUUAUCAGAUCAUGUCCAACAAGAAGCCAGAGCUAAUUGACAUGCUCCUUAUUACCACCAACCCCUAUGACUACCAAUUUGUGAGUCAAGGCGAGAUCACUGUUGCCAGCAUUAACGACCAGGAGGAGCUGAUGGCUACAGAUAGUGCCAUUGACAUCCUGGGCUUCAGUGCUGAUGAGAAAACAGCCAUCUACAAGCUGACAGGGGCUGUCAUGCACUAUGGGAACCUGAAGUUCAAGCAGAAGCAACGAGAGGAGCAGGCAGAGCCUGAUGGCACCGAAGUUGCUGACAAGGCUGCCUACCUGAUGGGUCUGAACUCAGCAGACCUGCUCAAGGCCCUCUGCUACCCCCGAGUCAAGGUGGGGAAUGAAUACGUCACCAAGGGCCAAACUGUGCAGCAGGUAUACAAUUCAGUGGGUGCCCUGGCAAAGGCUGUCUAUGAGAAGAUGUUCCUGUGGAUGGUUGUUCGCAUCAACGAACAGCUGGACACCAAGCAGCCCAGGCAGUACUUCAUUGGUGUGCUGGACAUUGCUGGCUUUGAGAUCUUUGAUUUCAACAGCCUGGAGCAGCUGUGCAUCAACUUCACCAAUGAGAAACUGCAACAGUUCUUCAACCACCACAUGUUCGUGCUGGAGCAGGAGGAGUACAAGAAGGAGGGGAUUGAAUGGACAUUCAUUGAUUUUGGGAUGGACCUGGCUGCCUGUAUUGAGCUCAUUGAGAAGCCCAUGGGCAUUUUCUCCAUCCUGGAAGAGGAGUGCAUGUUCCCCAAGGCAACUGACACCUCUUUCAAGAACAAGCUCUAUGACCAGCACCUGGGCAAGUCCAGCAACUUCCAGAAGCCCAAGCCUGGCAAAGGCAAGGCUGAGGCCCACUUCUCCCUGGUGCACUAUGCUGGCACAGUGGACUACAACAUCACUGGGUGGCUGGAGAAGAACAAGGACCCUCUGAAUGAAACUGUCAUUGGGCUGUACCAGAAAUCAUCUGUGAAGACAUUGGCUUUACUUUUUGCUUCUUAUGGUGGAGCAGAAGCAGAGGCUAGUGGUGGUGGUGGUGGCGGCAAGAAGGGAGGCAAGAAGAAGGGUUCUUCUUUCCAGACUGUCUCAGCUCUUUUCCGGGAGAAUCUCAACAAGCUGAUGACCAACCUGCGGAGCACUCACCCCCAUUUUGUGCGCUGCAUCAUCCCCAACGAGACUAAAACACCUGGUGCCAUGGAGCACGAGCUGGUGCUGCACCAGCUGCGCUGUAACGGCGUGCUGGAAGGGAUCAGGAUCUGCAGGAAAGGCUUCCCCAGCAGAGUCCUCUAUGCUGACUUCAAACAAAGAUACAAGGUGCUUAAUGCAAGUGCCAUCCCUGAGGGACAGUUCAUCGAUAGCAAGAAGGCUUCUGAGAAGCUUCUUAGUUCAAUUGAUGUGGACCACACCCAGUACAAAUUUGGACACACCAAGGUGUUCUUCAAAGCUGGGCUGAUAGGGAUCCUGGAGGAGAUGAGGGAUGAGAAGCUGGCACAGCUCAUCACCCGCACCCAGGCCAGGUGCAGGGGCUUCCUGAUGAGGGUGGAGUACCAGAGAAUGGUAGAGCGCAGGGAGUCCAUCUUCUGCAUCCAGUACAACAUUCGUGCAUUCAUGAAUGUGAAGCACUGGCCAUGGAUGAAGCUGUUCUUCAAGAUCAAGCCCUUGCUGAAGAGUGCAGAGUCUGAGAAGGAGAUGGCCAACAUGAAGGAAGAGUUUGAGAAAACCAAGGAAGAGCUUGCGAAGUCUGAGGCAAAGCGGAAGGAGCUUGAGGAGAAAAUGGCCUCUCUAAUGAAGGAGAAAAAUGACCUGCAGCUCCAAGUGCAGGCUGAAGCAGAUGCUUUGGCUGAUGCUGAGGAAAGGUGUGACCAGCUCAUCAAAACCAAAAUCCAACUGGAAGCCAAAGUCAAGGAGGUGACUGAAAGGGCUGAGGAUGAAGAAGAAAUUAAUGCUGAACUGACAGCCAAAAAGAGGAAAUUGGAGGAUGAAUGUUCAGAGCUGAAGAAAGAUAUUGAUGACCUUGAGCUAACACUGGCCAAGGUGGAGAAGGAAAAACAUGCCACUGAAAACAAGGUGAAAAACCUCACCGAGGAGAUGGCAGCCUUGGACGAGACCAUUGCCAAGCUGACAAAAGAGAAGAAAGCCCUCCAAGAGGCACAUCAGCAGACUCUGGAUGACCUGCAGGCAGAGGAAGACAAAGUCAAUACUCUGACCAAAGCCAAGACCAAGCUGGAACAGCAAGUGGAUGAUCUGGAAGGGUCCCUGGAGCAAGAGAAGAAACUGCGCAUGGACCUGGAGAGAGCCAAGAGGAAACUGGAAGGAGACCUGAAGCUGGCCCAGGACAGCAUCAUGGAUUUGGAGAAUGAUAAGCAGCAGCUGGAUGAGAAACUGAAGAAGAAAGACUUUGAAAUCAGCCAGAUCCAGGGCAAGAUCGAGGAUGAACAGGCUCUGGGCAUGCAACUUCAGAAGAAGAUCAAGGAGCUGCAGGCCCGCAUUGAGGAGCUGGAGGAGGAAAUUGAGGCAGAGCGAACCUCUCGCGCUAAAGCAGAGAAGCAUCGCGCUGACCUGUCCAGGGAGCUGGAGGAGAUCAGCGAGCGCCUGGAAGAAGCAGGAGGGGCCACAGCAGCUCAGAUUGAGAUGAACAAGAAGCGUGAGGCAGAAUUCCAGAAGAUGCGCCGUGACCUGGAAGAGGCCACGCUGCAGCACGAAGCCACGGCUGCCGCCCUGCGCAAGAAGCACGCGGACAGCACAGCUGAGCUGGGCGAGCAGAUCGACAACCUGCAACGCGUGAAGCAGAAGCUGGAGAAGGAGAAGAGUGAGAUGAAGAUGGAGAUUGAUGACUUGGCCAGUAACAUGGAGUCUGUCUCUAAAGCCAAGGCCAACCUGGAGAAGAUGUGCCGCACUCUGGAAGAUCAGCUGAGUGAGAUUAAGAGCAAGGAAGAAGAACAUCAGCGCAUGAUCAAUGACCUUAAUGCUCAAAGAGCUCGUCUGCAGACAGAGUCAGGUGAAUUUUCACGCCAGGUAGAUGAGAAAGAUGCUCUGAUUUCUCAGCUGUCAAGAGGCAAACAGGCUUUCACCCAACAGAUUGAGGAACUCAAGAGGCAUCUAGAGGAAGAAAUUAAGGCCAAGAACGCCCUGGCCCACGCCCUGCAGUCCGCUCGCCACGACUGUGACUUGCUCCGGGAACAAUAUGAGGAGGAGCAGGAGGCCAAGGGGGAGCUGCAGCGAGCCCUGUCCAAGGCCAACAGUGAAGUGGCCCAGUGGAGAACCAAAUAUGAGACGGACGCGAUUCAGCGCACGGAGGAGCUCGAGGAGGCCAAGAAGAAGCUGGCCCAGCGUCUGCAGGAUGCAGAGGAACAUGUUGAGGCGGUCAAUGCCAAAUGUGCCUCUCUGGAAAAGACAAAGCAGAGGCUGCAGAAUGAAGUGGAGGACCUGAUGAUUGAUGUGGAGAGAUCCAAUGCUGCCUGUGCUGCUCUGGAUAAGAAGCAGAAGAACUUUGACAAGAUCCUGGCAGAAUGGAAGCAGAAGUAUGAGGAAACUCAGGCUGAGCUGGAGGCCUCGCAGAAGGAGUCGCGCUCUCUCAGCACGGAGCUGUUCAAGAUGAAGAAUGCCUAUGAGGAGUCCUUGGACCACCUGGAAACAAUGAAGCGGGAGAACAAGAACUUGCAGCAGGAGAUUUCCGACCUCACGGAGCAGAUUGCGGAGGGAGGAAAGGCAAUUCAUGAGCUGGAGAAAGUGAAGAAGCAGAUUGAGCAGGAGAAAUCUGAAAUCCAGGCUGCUCUGGAGGAAGCUGAGGCCUCCCUGGAACAUGAGGAGGGGAAGAUCCUGCGCCUGCAGCUUGAGCUCAACCAAGUGAAGGCUGAGAUUGACAGGAAGAUAGCAGAGAAAGAUGAGGAGAUUGACCAGAUGAAGAGAAACCACCUCAGAAUUGUAGAGUCCAUGCAGAGCACCCUGGAUGCUGAGAUCAGGAGCAGGAAUGAAGCCCUGAGGCUGAAGAAGAAGAUGGAGGGAGACCUGAAUGAAAUGGAGAUCCAGCUGAGCCAUGCCAAUCGUGUGGCUGCAGAGGCACAGAAGAACCUGAGAAACACUCAGGGAGUGCUCAAGGACACCCAGAUCCAUCUGGAUGAUGCUCUGAGGACACAGGAUGACCUGAAGGAGCAGGUGGCCAUGGUGGAGCGCAGAGCAAACCUGCUGCAGGCUGAAAUUGAGGAGCUCCGGGCAGCCCUGGAGCAGACGGAGCGGUCGAGGAAAUUGGCUGAGCAGGAGCUCCUGGAUGCAAGUGAGAGAGUUCAGCUCCUCCACACUCAGAACACCAGCCUGAUCAACACCAAGAAGAAGCUGGAAACAGACAUUGCCCAGAUCCAGAGUGAAAUGGAGGAUACCAUCCAGGAAGCUCGCAAUGCUGAGGAGAAGGCCAAGAAGGCCAUCACUGAUGCGGCCAUGAUGGCAGAGGAGCUGAAGAAGGAGCAGGACACCAGUGCCCACCUGGAGAGGAUGAAGAAGAACCUGGACCAGACAGUGAAGGACCUGCAGCACCGUCUGGAAGAGGCCGAGCAGCUGGCACUGAAGGGAGGCAAGAAGCAGAUCCAGAAGCUGGAGGCCAGGGUGCGGGAGCUGGAAGGGGAGGUUGAUGCUGAGCAGAAGCGCAGCGCUGAAGCCGUGAAGGGCGUGCGCAAGUACGAGCGCAGGGUGAAGGAACUCACCUACCAGUCUGAGGAAGACAGGAAGAAUAUUCUCAGGCUGCAGGAUCUGGUGGACAAGCUGCAAACGAAAGUGAAAUCCUACAAGAGACAAGCUGAGGAGGCUGAGGAGCUGUCCAAUGUGAACCUCUCCAAGUUCCGCAAGAUCCAGCACGAGCUGGAGGAAGCUGAGGAGCGGGCUGACAUUGCAGAGUCACAGGUCAACAAGCUCCGAGCCAAGAGCCGGGAAAUUCACGGCAAGAAAAUAGGAGAGGAAGAGUAAGCAUGUCAUGAGACAGCAAAGUGAACUGAGGGCUGCACAAAAUGUGUACCCUCUGUCCUUCUUCAAGUGUUCAUAGCCUUGUCAAUAUGUAGAAAAUAAAGAGCAUAGAUUUCUUUGCAUGGCCAGCA